GACGACACUGACCUGAUGAAAUCCCAUUUCCUUGGUGAGAGGCACCCCAAGCUUGCCCAUGCAAGCCUGGAUCCAAUCAUCACUUCCGUAGAGAGACGGGCACCUUCACCUUCAACACCUCCUCCCUCGGCCUUGCUACUCAUCGGCUUAACCACGUCGGCCACCUCUUCUUGUUGGCCCUUACCCACCGGCAAUAAAUCCGUAUCGGAAACACCUCUCUUCUUCCUCAGGCUAUUGAAAGAGCCCCCGGGCCUUGGCCUUUCCUCUUUAUUCCUUUUUAACCAGUUCUCUAAUUCAGAGCAACUGUUACCCGAUUCUAAGCCACAUUCUACUCUUUUCUCAAGCCUCCUAGGCUCCGAGAGCAUAGAGCUCUUCUUGGACGCCCAAUUGUUGAAAAAUUCUGUCCAAGCCCCUUUGUUCUCCCCUCUUUCUCUGCUCGCCGAAUCCAGCCCAAUUGUCGGUCUCGUUAGCCCUAGAUGGAGCAAAUUCCCGAUCUCCCUCACGAUUGAUGCCUCCCUGGCGGCGAGGCUGCUCGUCCUUGAUCCCCACGCCGUAGGAUCUGAAUCCAUCGCCGAGCUUGUUCCAAUCGAGCUCCUCGGUCCUCAGACAAAUGAAUACGCGUGA